AUGGUUGCACCGACCUCUCAGGGCCAACAAGAGGCCGAGAGCUCCACUAGCGUGGUAGAAAUAACAACCGGGACUACUGUUCAUCAUAUUACCAUCCCAGCCAGACCUAGGGCUGCCAAGUCGCCGCCUUUGAGAUCGGCAGUUGAAAACUUGAUGAAGGGGGGUAUCUUUUCAACAGCCCAGCAUACAGGCUCAGAAGAGGCAGCUACAAGGGGUCUAUCUAGGGGAUCGGGAGCUAAAUCGUCCCUGGGAGACAAUGGAAGAUCUUGUACCAGGAAAAAGCGGUCCAGAAGCACGAUCUUGAAUAUGAGGAAGGAGCUUGACGAUAUCCUAGCGCCACUAGGACCCCCUGAGGGCUCUUCUGUUGCAAGCCCGAGAUCAGGCCAAAAUAUACGAUCGGUUUCUCCUCUGGUUGCAGUUAAUAACAUAGAUGAUACCGACACUGCAGCAAUGGGUGGGAGGACUAAACUGAUGAUGGCUGCUAUUGUAGAUGACGUACUCGCUGUACAGAAAUACAUCACUGAACAAGGGCAGCGCACUCCAGACGGAAGGACAGCUCUCAUGCUUGCAGCUGAACAUGGAUCAAUUGCGUGUAUCGAUCAGUUGAUCCCCUGGGAGUCCGGUCUGGUUAGCAAUAAUGGGUGGACAGCAAUAAUGUAUGCCAUCGCGGCACAGAAGUUGCAGGCAGUGGAGCUCCUGGCUAGAAAGCCAAAGGAGCUGACCUCGACAACAGCAGACGGACGAACUCCGCUUAUCCUGGCCGCUGAGAUUGGCAGCGAGGAAGUUGUACAGCUAUUUCUGGAGUCCAGACUCAUUGGAAUGACAACAGCUGACGGCAGAACAGCACUUAUGCAAGCCGCGUGGAAUAGGCAUUUAGAUUGUGUUCGUUGGUUAGCAAAAAAGGAGGGUGGAAUACAAGACUCAGAAGGGAAAACGGCUCUUAUGCUGGCCAUUGAGGGGAGAUCUAUCAAUAGGCAACAACACGAUAAGGCCAGGACACAGGAUUUCGUUAAUCUGCUGGCUAGUGAAAUGGGCAAAACCACAGCCGACGGAACUACGGCACUAAUGUGUGCUGUGCUGAACAAUGAAGAGGAUAGUAUCCCUCUGCUCAAGAGUGAGCUCAUGAAGAGGCAAAGGAGUGGACGCACUGCAUUGAUUCUGGCCGCCAGACAAGGCACACUUACAAGUCUUCAUGAUUUGCUGCCUGAAGCUGGAAGUAGGGACGGCUCUGGAAAACCAGCUUUAUAUUAUGCACUGGAAGGGCGAAACAUGACUCAUGUGAGGGAGUUAUCUGCAGAGUAUAAUAUGACGAUUGAUGACGAUGUGUCCAUGCUCAUGUCGGCAAUAAUUUUCGGCAAUGAAGAGGCAGCCCUUCUCAUACUGAAGGAGCUACAAAAGCAAUCACUUACUACCCCAGCCAAAGGUCCUUUGCCCCCGUUGCAUGUUCCAGUUACCGAAAGAGAGCAGAAGACAGCCCUGAUUCUUGCCGUCGAGGCAGGAAGUCUCGCACUGGUGAAGGAGUUAUCCCUUACAGAGCAUUCUUUUCAAGAUGUUAAGGGGACCACGGCUCUGAUGUACGCUGCAGAACGAGAGUUUUGUGAUGCAAUUAAGAUUCUCUUGCCUUUGGAGGAGCACAUGAAAAACGUUGCAGGCCACACAGCACUCAUUCAGAUGGCCAUGAAUAACAACAUCCUUGCCGUAUCCUUCCUUCUCUCAGAGGCCUGUGACACUGACAAUUCUGGAAUGACAGCGCUUAUGCACGCAGCACAUUUGGGGCACCAUAAUAUAGUGAGCAUUCUUCUCAGUAGCAACGAGGUCGGGAUGGUCGACACCCAUGGGAUGACGGCCCUCAUGCACGCUGCCAUGAACGGCCAUACACAGUGCGUCUCUCUCUUGGCCCCGAAGGAGCACCAUUACGCGCGGAUGUACCGCUUAUUGAAGGAUAGCAAUACUGGCAUGACUGAUGAGCAGGUGUGGUCCCACCAAAGUUUCUAUUCCGGCCGGACGGCAUUAAUUAUAGCGGCCAUGUAUAAUUCGCUGGACUGUGUCAAGCAACUAAUUCCUUGGGAAGCCUGGGUUCUCAAUGAAUACAAUCGACUUCCCUCUACAGUGAUAAAUAUAGGAACUUAUUCUAACGACAUUCAGGACGCUCUUACCAUUCGAGGCAUUCAUAGAUUAAUGAAAAUGUAUUAUGCAAGACGGCGUAAUGAGCUGGGGUCCUGCAACAUCUGCCUCAACAAGAUCUCUAGCAUGAAGUGCUACCCGUGUAAUCACACUGUUUGUUGCGAGGAGUGUGCUGAGAGGCUAAUGACAACAAAAAAGCCAUGUCCCCUUUGCAGACGGCCAAUCCUGUUCUGGAUCACAGAGUGUUAUGAUUUGGCCACUAUGUCAUUUACUCUAGCCCCAAAUUUCGAAUGGAUCGACCUCCCAAGCGACGACGACGAUGACGACAGUGAUAGAAAACAUUCCAAAGAUGAGGAUACUGAUGACGAGCUGUAUGUCAAUAUACACUUGGACCACGAGAUAGAAGUCUCAUCGUAUUCAUGGUUUCACUAG